AUGGCUCCGGCGGCCCCGGGACCUCAAAGGGCAUCCCCAACGCUGCCAGGACUAGACUCACGACGGCGGAGUGCGCUGCCUCAGCUCUGGUUGCUGCUCCUGCUGACCCCCUGGUGCUCAGCUCCUGUUGGCUUCAUCCAGGUCACGGUGUCCAAGUCCUUCCAAGUGAUCAUCCUCUUCCAGCCCGUGACCUUUCCCUGCUCCUACCAGGUGUCAGGAGUGCCCACCCAUCCUAUAGUGCUCUAACUCUGUCGGGUUCACAUUGCGGAUGCUUUCUCCUCAGCCCGCUCUGACAGCCAGCUCAACGCCCAGCUUGCUGCUAGCAACCCAGGCUACAGCCCCUAUGUGGAGUGUCAGGACAGCUCCCGAACAGUGAGGGUGGUGGCCAUGAAGGAGGGGAACGCUGUGACUCUAGGCGAAUUCUACCAAGGGCGACGGAUCACCAUCACUGGGGAUGCCGACCUGACCUUUGACCAGACUGCCUGGGGAGACAGUGGCGUCUACUACUGCUCUGUGGUUUCUGCUCAGGACCUCCAAGGCAACAAUGAAGCUUAUGCUGAGUUCAUCGUCCUGGACUGGCUCUUUGUGGUCUUCAUUGUCUUGGCUGCCUUCUUGGUCUUCCUCCUCUUGGGCAUCUGCUGGUGCCAGUGCUGCCCUCACACAUGUUGCUGCUAUGUACGCUGUCCGUGCUGCCCGGAUAAAUACUGCUGUCCCGAGGCCCUGUAUGCUGCUGGUAAAGCUGCUACCUCAGGGGUCCUGAGCAUUUACGCACCCAGUGGCUACUCACCCAGCACCUAUGCUCACCUCGCUCCAGUCAAGGCUUCUUCCUCUCCACCCAUGAUCACAAUGGGUCCUGUCCACAACGGCUUCGCAGGGGAUUUUGACCGACAGAGCUCAGUUGGUGGCCACAGCUCCCAGGUGCCCUUUCUUCGUGACACAGACAGUACCAGAAACUCGGAAGUAAGAAGUGGUUAUCGGAUCCAGGCCAACCAGCAGGAUGGCUCCAUGAAGGUGUUGCACUACAUGGAGAAGGAGCUGGCUAAUUUUGACCCUUCCCGGCCUGGCAUGCCAAAUGGCCGUGUGGAGAGGGCCAUGAGUGAAAUGGCGUCCCUUCAUGAAGAUGACUGGUGCUCCAGGCCUCACCAGGCUCCCACCCUCGUCCAAGAUGAACAUUUGGACUAUCGAUCCCAAAGGAGCCCAGGAGGAUGGAGAGGGAUCACGAGCCGAGAGUGGGAUCGGGAGCGAGAGCUAGAACGUCCGCGAGAUCGGGGGGAAUGCUGGGAAGCCGGGUGGCCCCGAGCUCACUCGGUGGAUGCCCUGGAUGACUUGGGCAGACCCAGCUCCUUGGAAUCAGGAAGGACAUCCCCUUCGGAAAGGAGGCGGGGCCAGCUUCGUGCAUCUCCCCGAAGCCGCAGCAGGGAUGACCUCUACUCCCGAUCUGGAGACCCCUACUACGAUGAUUUCAAGUCCCGCGGCAGACCCCUGGAUAAUGUUUGCCGGGACCCACAUGGGAGCUACAGCCGGUCCAGAGACCAUGAGUAUGAUGGGCGGUUCUUGGAAGAUGUGCUAAGAAAAAAGGAGGUGGGGGAGAGGAGGAGACCCCACAGGGAAGAGGAAGAGCCCUAUUACCCCCCAGCUCCCCCUCCCUAUUCUGAAACGAAGUCACAGUCCGCCCGAGAAAGGAGGCUCAGGAAGAACCUAGCCCUGAGCCGGGAAAGCCUGUCGGUCUGA